CUCUAUGAGGGACACUGACAAAACCCAAUCAUCAUCAGCUUCCCUAUUUCUCUUUGGCUGUCCCAUCCUUCCACCUGCCAGCUGUCCAUUUAGCUGACUUUACAUAAUGACUCAAACAGCAAUAGUCUAAACAGCUGUGGGGAUAAUUCGCUUGCUCAGGGCGAGAAAAAAUGUCCGCUGAACUCUCUGUGCUUACCUGGCUUUGACAGGUCAUCCCUCCCAGGAAGGAUGGAACCUCUGAACGCUUACUUCCUGGCAAUUGGUUUUAUUGUAAUUGUUAUGCAGCAAGGAAUCCACACGGAGGAGUGCCUCUUUGAGAAGCUGGAGGAUAAGGACAGCAUGUUUUGCAGAGGGAAUCUAAAAGUUAUUUAUCCAGAACUGGGAGAUGUUGGCUGCACUUAUAUUCCAAAGUGCAACCUGUACCGUAAACGAAUCAGCAAGGAGUGGAUCAGUCCUCGUGUCCAAUAUCAGCAGGCAGAUGGGAAUAAGAAAUAUGUGCUUAUCAUGGUAGAUCCUGAUGCACCCAGUAGAGCUGAUCCAAAGUACCGUUUCUGGAGACACUGGACUAUUGUUGACAUUAAUGGUGGUGACCUGAAGAAUGGGAAUCUGAAAGGCCAUGUACUAUCAGAUUACCGCCGACCCACACCACCAUCACAAAGUGGUUAUCACCGCUACCAAUUCCUCCUUUAUGAACAACCAGCUGAUCAAGCCAUCACCUUGAGUCCUGAGGAAAGUGCAUCAACAGACUUCCACAGGAUCCCCUUCAGCAUGAGGAAGCUGUCAGAACCAUGGGAUAAAGGGAAAUUCUGAACUUUUUGAAAAUCACUGCUGCCAGCAAAAUCAUUGAUGAUGAUUCUCUGGGAUUAAAGACUCCUGUCCUAUAGCCUCCUACAGGUUCCUUGUGAUGAAAUGGAUUUUGUAUGAACCCCAGGACCUUUAAGGAGAAAUUGGAAAUGUUUUAUUUUCCAAAAAAAAUGCACAUCUGAUAAUGCCAUGAGCCAUAUGAAUGUAAACUAUGCUUCUGGAUUUUACUCACUACUGCAGAAAUGGGAAAUGUGUGAUCUUUGAUGUGUUGUUGGAGUGUACUGCAACUGCUAUCAUCUUUUACAUCCCAUUCCAUAUCCUUCCAGUAGCAGGUCCCAGUAUGCCAGCUAAACAUCACUGCAUAACAAAUAGUUUGGUUUCACCCAAUCACCCAGAUUCUCAACCCCUGCACAUUUGGGUUGCGACCAGAUCUUGAGAUGCCUGGGACAACAAUUAAAGUGUUGUUUGUGUUCCAUCUCCUCAACAAUAUCUCCUCCUUCUCAUGUGCACUAUGGGAUCAGAGGGUGAAAUUGUGUUUGGGGGUUCAGAUCACACUUCUGCCUUUGGGGCUUGAGCUGGUUGCUUGUCCUUUUGACUCACCAGCAUCCCCGUGUGUGAUAUGGGUAUUUUGCAACUGGUUGAACCCACAACAACAGUCAUUUUGUCAAGAGGCACUCCAUAGCUGCACUCAUCACAUUUUCUCCAAAGUCUCAAUAAACUUACUAGCCCAGAAAGGUUGGAAACCCAUCUCUUAAGGAGAGGAUCUGUUGUGAUCCAUUCUAAACCCAAUCUGCUGAGGUAUUUCCAUAUAAUAACAUUGCAGCACUCUAGCAAUGUGCCAGUACCCAAUUACAGGAUUCAAAUUCCUAAGAUACAACACACCAUUUAUAUCAAAUUUAUGUCCUCAUAAUUUUCAACCAUAAUUAGUCUGAACACGUUUUGGGAAAGUCACAUGAAAGUUUAAAAGGCUGGGGGGAAAAAAGAUGAGCAAACUAUAUUUUACCUUCCCCAGCUCCAAAAUUUCUCCCCAUCCCUCAGCCCCAGGACAGUCUUGCAGUGUGAAAUUGCUUCAAACCCAGGGAGCAGCUGAGAGCUAAACAAGCAAGGUGCUGCCUGGGAAAAAUUCAGAAGUUGGGGAGCCUCCUCCUUCUUUGUGAACAUUGCGAGCUCCUUUUCUUCUUCACAUUGAACAGAGCUGCCAUCCAGAAAGGCAGGGACUUUACCAGUCACACAGUUCAGCCACUAAUUAAAAUGUGUGUGUAUCUUGUCAACCAUCUGUUUGGAUUAUUACCAAGGAGUAUUCCCCCUGUUUCUCCCUGAUCUUGAUGGCAAAAGAUGUCUGAAGCAGAGGGGUGUAACCAGCAAUGUGUUCACACACUGCCUGCUCUUUGGCCCCUCCCCCCUCCGUAGACUCAUCAUCUCCCCAGGCAGAACUCUAUAUUCAUAUUGGUUGUUAAGUACCAACUGGCAUGGCGCCAGAUUUGGGGCUGGGCUUUCCUGGCAUUCAAAGUGAUGCAGGGCUGGAACCUGCUUUUCACCAUCUCAGAGGGUGAGGACAGCGUAGGCUAGUGCCUGCUUGCUCCCGCACAGCUAUUACACAUGAAAUUCUCAUCUGCGCCUGUCAAUAGACAAGACCAAAUACUCAGCCCCUUGCUGUAAAGUCUGGAGCAGACUUUUGUUUCCAUUGUUAUUUUUCUGCAUUUGGAGUCAGGCCGUGGGGAAAGGGGUGGCGCUGAAGCUUCUAGAGGUGAGAGAACAGGCAGAUGAGCACAUCUUGUCUCAAAUGUGCAAUCUUGGUCCCCCGCGGGUGGGGAGUGUGGCUGGAGAAGCUAGGUUUCCUUUGAGAGCAACGUUCUCAUGCUGUACUUGCCUUAAGGAAAGAUAAUCCAUUGGCUGAAAAGACAGCUUGUCACAGAGAGAUCCAGGCUAAGCUGAAAACUAGAGGUGGACAAGUUUUUAAAAGAAGCAAAACAAGUGAGAGUAAAGAACUUUUCCAAGCACACCCACAAAAGGUACCUAUUAAAAGCUUUUUCACAGGAUAGCCUACAUAGCAUUGUGUCCAAAGAUGGGAAUAGAAAAGGUGUCCUUGUUCCAUCACCCAAAGUGACCUUAAAGAAAAUGAGAAUAGAAAUGUUGGUUACCAAGCAUGAAAUCUGUGUGGCCAAAAAAGGAAAGAUCAGAUCCACUAGUUGAAUCUCUGCGCUCUUCCUAGAAAGUAAAGAAACCCACAUUUUAUAUAUUCUGCUCUUGUUUUCCAUAUUACAACUCCCAUAAGUUUCUUUUUUUUAUAAUUGACCAAAGUGUUUUUGUGCUCCGUUGUAAAAGGAAGGAUGGCCAAAUUUGCCGUUAUAUAUGUCUAUUUAUUUAUAAAUAUAAGCACAUGUACAAUUUAAAAUCU